GCUCUAGGACCGCGCGGGCUCUAGCCCGGCGCGGCGCCUGAGUCACCCGCCCCGCCCUCCCGAGCCGGACACGGCGGGAGGCCCCAGAGCUGGAGAGAACGAUCGCGGACCGCCGGAACCGACUCAGUUGCUGUCAUGUUCCUAGUUAAUUCGUUCCUGAAGGGCGGCGGCGGCGGCGGGGCAGGCGGGGGUCUGGGCGGAGGCCUGGGGAAUGUGCUGGGAGGCCUCAUCAGCGGAGCUGCGGGCGGCGGCGGCGGCGGCGGCGGCAUGGGGAUGGGAGGAGGUGGCGGAGGCGGUGGAACUGCCAUGCGCAUCCUGGGCGGAGUCAUUAGCGCCAUCAGCGAGGCUGCUGCUCAGUACAACCCGGAGCCCCCGCCCCCACGUGGCCAUUACACUAAUAUCGAAGCCAAUGAGAGUGAGGAGGUCCGGCAGUUCAGGAGACUUUUUGCGCAGCUGGCUGGAGAUGACAUGGAGGUCAGCGCCACAGAACUCAUGAAUAUCCUCAACAAGGUCGUGACCCGACAUCCGGAUCUGAAAACUGAUGGUUUUGGCAUUGACACUUGUCGAAGCAUGGUGGCUGUGAUGGAUAGCGACACCACAGGCAAGCUGGGCUUUGAGGAGUUCAAGUACCUCUGGAAUAACAUCAAGAAGUGGCAGGCUAUAUACAAACGCUUUGAUGUUGACCGAUCAGGAACCAUCAGCAGCAGUGAACUCCCAGGGGCCUUUGAGGCAGCAGGAUUCCACCUGAAUGAGCAUCUCUACAACAUGAUCAUCCGGCGCUACUCGGAUGAGAGCGGCAGUAUGGACUUCGAUAACUUCAUCAGCUGCUUGGUCAGACUGGACGCCAUGUUCCGGGCUUUCAAAUCUCUCGACAAAAACGGCACUGGACAGAUCCAAGUGAACAUCCAGGAGUGGCUGCAGCUGACUAUGUAUUCCUGAACGGGGAUGGCAGACCUGCCCUCUCACAGCUCACUAUGGAGCCACCUUGCACCCUGAUCCUGUCUGCCGCCAUAAUUUUAUGGCCAUGUCCUGCUAUCCACAGGCCUUUCUUCUCCUUGUCUGGUACCCAGCUUCCCAGUCAGCAGCCAGAGCCCAACAUGCCCCAGCUUGCCAUGCCCUGAGUUACCUCUGGCUCCAAGACAAGCUAGCUUGCUCUGCUGAAGGGUCACCCCACCCCAGCACACCCACCCCACCCUCCGUUACUUCCAUCCUGUGUGCCAAGCCUAGCACUCCUGUCUUGUCCAUGUCCCAAGGGCCCUGUCUCACUCCUGCCCUACACACCCUGUUACACACUCAUUCAGUUACCUCCCAGACAGCCAAAUAAACUCCAGGCCAUGGCAGGCCCACACACCCUAGUGCCUACGCCUGCACCGUUUCCCCAGGUGUCACGCCCAGGAGGAAAUAAACUCUGCCUGUUGCUUCCUA